AUGCCGCCGCCGCCCACAUCCCCUCCUCAGCAGGGGCCGCCUCCUCAGGCUCCCCCACCGCAAGCGCAUCCGCAACAGCAACAUCCCCAGCAACACGCGCAACAACAACAACAACAACACCCGGGCCCUCAUCAACAGCAGCAGCAGCAGCAGCAGCAGCCACCACAGCCGCCACACCCUUCUCAACAAGGUCCGCCGCCGAAUGCGCACCAGAUGGGUGGAUCCUAUGGCAUCCCGCCUCCUCGAGCUCCUCCGGUCGCCAUCGGGCCACCCAGUGCAUUUCCUAGGGACCGCCAGCUCCCGGCCUUGGAGACCCUGCCUAGGACCGGCUCCGGCAGCAGCAUGUCCAUCUCCUCUAUGCUCGGCGGCCCUCCCCCAGCUCGCGAUCCCGGCGUUCCUGCCGGUCCAUACCCGCCUGGGCCCCCCUCGGGUGUGUCAGGUCCGCCGUAUAACCAACCCAUGCAUGCAUCCCCUCGAAUGCACACGAUGGGUGGCCCAGGCCCCGACUUUGGUUUCCGCCGACCACAGACACCCGACCGACACAGACUGUUUGAUGGCCGCGACCCUCGAGACCCGCGUGAUGUUCGAGACCCGCGCGAUCCUAGAGACCCGCGAGAUCCUAGGGGCGAUCCUAGGGAUCCUAGGACGGGCAUUGCUGUGUCGCCUUCGGGUGGCUACACCCCGGAGGUGCAGCGCUAUGGUACACCGCAGGUCUAUAGCAAUAGGGGACCGCCACUAACUGCUGCAGAACAAGCAAGGGAGCAAGCGCAUAUGGCUGGGGCCGGGGUGCCGCCGCGGCCCAACAGCCAGCCCAAGUCCUUCCCGAAUGCUCCUCCGCCACGUCCCAUGGAAAUGGGUAGACCACCGCCAGGCGACAUGUAUGGGCAUAGAGAGGACAGGCGAGCGGUCGAAGAAUACAACCCCGAACGUCCCAUUCGAUACGAAGAGCAGCGGUUCAUGACUGAAAGGGAACGGCAAGAGAGGGAGCGCCAAGAAAGAGAAUUCCAGGAGAUGCGUGAGAGGGAGCGCCGCGAGAGGACCAUGUCGGGGAGUGACGCUGGACGGCCACACCCGAUGCAACAACAAGCCGAGUACGCUCGCCAGAUGGAGCAUCAGAGAGCCCCCCCUCAGUUUGGCCGACCUCCUGACCCACGAGAGCAGGGUCAUUGGCACAGGCCGAGCUUUGAUCAGGCCCGAGGUCCUUACGAUCAGCCCGGACACAUGGCCAGGCAUCCGCACGAGCAUCCGGUGACCACUGGGCCCCCGUACAAUGGCCACCCGUCGUAUGCUACGGGUCCGCCGCCGGAUCGGUAUCCUCCGUCGUCGCUCCCGCCCCAUCAGCAACACUCCAUGGCAGCUCAUGGCCCGGGUCCUAUGCAGUUUGAGUCCCCAGAACAACGACAAAGGAUGAAUAUGAUGCAUAUGGAGCAGCGGCAACAGCAGCAACAGCAGCAGCAGCAGCAACACCAACAUCCAUAUUACAUGCAGCACCAGCAACUCCCCCCUCGUAGCCGAGAAGACCAGCCCGUGCCCCCUCCGUCAGUCGCCUACAGUGGUGUGGGUACAGGCUCUUUGUACGGUUCCCCAAGAAGUCGUCAUAUGGAAGAACUCGCUCCCUCUGGACACCAGCGGAACUUAUUGGGCAUUCAGGAGAUUAACCGCAAGGGCCGCCUUUCGCCUUUGCCCCAGGCUGUCCAGGGUGCCCAACCCCAGCUGGCUGGCCCAACAGGCGAACCUGGUAUCAAGAGUGAGUUCGGACGUAUGUUUUCCGGAAUUGGUACCGGCGUUGGGGCCAUGAGCCCAAUCCCCACUGGAAUGCAGCAGCUUCCCUUCACUGGAGCCAGCUUGAUGCGCCGUGAGGAUUCUGACGGGGUCCCACCGCCCCAAGAACUCGCCGAGCCUGGACCCAAGGGCCCCGGCCGAGGUAAACGUAGAAAGCUCAAGGACGACGAGUCCAGAAUGGAUGAGGAUAGUACAGGGAGGUUGACUCCCGUGGGGGGUCGCGGCAAAAGAACCAAGACCCAUCAUACCCACCACCAUCAUCACCAUCACCACCACCAUCAUCGGCAUGAUCUGCAGCAAGGCCCUGGGCCUGCACUCAUGGGGAACACUCCGUUCAAAAACGUGACUGGUGCGACAUCCGUGCCUCCGCCCAACGCGAUGCUCGCCAAGGACCUGCCGACAACUCACCAUCAUCACCAUGUUGUUCCUCGAUCGAUGCCGCAUCCCCACAACGGUCUGGCUAAAGCGGUCCCGGUACAACCCCCGAGUCCCCCGCCGGUCCAACUGCCCAAGCCCAAGCAUGAGGUCAACUCGAAAGAGGUGAUGAAAAGCGUGGCCGAUCUUCCGCGGUCCCACCUGGGUGAGGUUGUGUACGAUCCCAAGCUGUCGCCAUCGCGAAGGCAGGAUUCACGCACUAAACGGCCGCCACGUCAACCUUUCAAGUCGACCCCUCGGCCUUUGCCGUGGGAUUUGAUCCAGGGCAAGGAAAACUGCACCUUGACAGUGAAGAUUAGCAAGACCCAUCUCACCCCAGAAGCACGGGAGGAGAUUACUUCCAGGAGAGCUGUCUGGGGUACCGACAUCUACACUGAUGACUCGGAUGUAAUUGCUGCCUGCAUCCACGCUGGUUGGUUCAGAGGCGAGUGGCCGGAGGAUGUGGAUACAGCCUUUUUAGGCUUGGACGAGGCAGUCAGUACCGCCUCCGACAUCCUGACAAGCAUGCGUAAUGGUCCUCAGGCGGUCAAAGACGAGGCUGGCUCGGAGGUGUACUCUGAACCCCCUCGGAACGGCCCCAUGGCUGUACCAGCCAACCGCGAUCUCCACGUCACCCUUGUUAUACUCCCCAAGCUUGAAAAGUACGCCUCCACCACGCGCUUCGGCAUCAAGAGCCGCGAAUGGGGCAGCGUCCUUGAAGAAGGCGACGGCGUUUACUCACGCUCGUCGCACGACGGCCUCAGCUUCGCCAUCCUGGACAUUCGCUGGCUCGUCAAUGGCGCGCAGCCCGUAAAUCGAUUGAGAGGCAAGGGCAGGCGUGAUAGGAUUAACAAAGCUCUUCGGGAGAUUGCACAGAGCCCACCUUUUUCGAGUUUCAAUAAGUUGGGACAGAUCAGACUGAGCGGGACGCCGCAGGAGCAGCGUGAGAAGGAGUCUGACGAGGGCCAGCAGAGUAGCAAGUGGUGGCCGUCAGCCGGGGCUGGCAAGAAGGCUGCGGCUGAUGAGGAUAAGGAGAACCAUCAGCCAGGUGAGUGUGUCCCUGAGCCCAAGGGGAAGGAGAAGGAGGGAGAGAAGGAACCGGAGAAGGAAGCCGAGGAGCAAAGAGAAGAGGACCAGGACGGGGAUGUAACGAUGGAGUUGGAGCCUGAGGCUCAAGCGGCGCAGACAAGGGACAAGAGUCAAGAAAAGGAGCAGGAGAAGAAAAAGCCUGACGGUGAAAAGGAGGAUGUGGAAAUGGCCGAUAAGCCUGCCGAGAAGGAGGCAUCAGAAAAGGCGAUGGAAGAAGAUAUGGAGGUGGAAAAGACUAGUAAACCGGAGCCUGAAAAUAAAAAGAAGCAGGAGAACGAGCCGGAGAAGAGGGUCGAGCAAGAGAAGGUCACCAGCCCUGAACCCAAGGCAAAGGAGGCUGAGCCCGAGCCCGAGCCAGUCAAGGAAACCGAGCCAGUGCCCGACACUCCACCCGUAUCCAACCUUGAUGCCCCUGCUAAACCUCCCGCGGAGGUUGAAAAGACUCCUGUACCGGAAACGGAGACAGAAACGGCGGAUGACAACGACGAUACCAUCGUUGAAGAACCGGAGGAGGCGGCAGAGGAGCCAUCAAAGCCGGCGGAGGAAGUCGUCGAAGCUGCAAAACCUGCCGCCGCCGAGCCAGAGGCCGUGAAGGCUAUGGUCACGGAGAUCGCCACUGAAGCCAGGGAAGCUACGGUACCGCCUGCGGUUGCUUCGGAAGAGUCGGCCAAGGCUGUCGCUUCUGUCUCUCCUGCCUCUCCUGCUGCUUCUGCUGCAGCUGCUGAUCACGACGCGGCUGACGCGGCUGCUGCGGCCAUCAUUACCACGAUUACUAGUACGACUACUACCGCUACCGUUACUGCUAGUCCCGCCGCUGCCCCUGCCUCUGCCUCUGCGACCGAGGAGGCUAAAGAUGAGGACAAAGACAAGGAGGAAGCUUAAGCAGAGAUUUGGCAAGAGGGAAAUGUGGGAUGAUACCACACAAAGUUUUGGGGCAUCGAAAUGUGAGGGAAAACGGAUUGCAAGUUGUCAAAAAGUGUAUGACUGUCUGUGUAACGAAAGACAAAGAAGCGUUGCAUUGCCAUUUGCCUGUUUUUGUGGUGUUGCCACUGGGCAUGUUUGAUACCAGGCUGUUGUUAUUGGUGGUUUAGUUGAGUUCAAAUCAAAGAGAACGUUUUAGAAG